CGCCGAUUACGCGGAUGCCGUCGGCAAAGGAUCGCACCCGAAAGCCGAAUCGCGUACCGGCCGCGCUGGCGUCAUCGCGCGCCUCUGCCCCCCGCACGCCGCAAGAUUGAGAUAACAAUGACGUCACAAAUAAACGAAUGGUAUAAAGGCCGGAAAGUCCUUAUCACCGGUUCCUCCGGGCUGAUGGGCAAGGUCUUAAUAGAGAAAUUACUGUAUAGCGUUCCGGAUAUAGGAUGCGUGUACGCGCUGGUGCGGUCCAAGCGAGGAAAGAGCCCGGAAUCACGCAUCGAAGACAUGUGGAAAUUGCCUCUUUUUACGAGAAUAAGAGAAGAAAAGCCUCACGUGAUGAAGAAACUUGUAGCAGUCCCUGGUGACAUAAUCUGCGACAAACUAGGCAUCGAACAAACUAAGCUAGAACAAAUUUAUAAUGAGGUUUCGGUAGUUUUCCAUUUCGCUGCAAGCUUACGUUUAGAAGCGCCAUUGAAGGAAGGCUUGGAAAUGAACACAAAAGGCACGAUGCGUGUUUUGGAAUUAUCCAAGAACAUAAAAAAUUUGGUCGCUUUUGUACAUCUGUCGACGGCUUUCUGUUAUCCAGAUUAUGAGCGAUUGGCCGAAAAGGUCCACGAUCCCCCUACUGAUCCCGAAAACGUACUUCAAGCGGCGAGUUGGCUCACCGAACAGCAGUUAAACAUUCUCGCUCCUUCAAUAUACAAGAAGCACCCCAACUCUUACACGUAUUCCAAAAGGCUGGCUGAAGCUCUUGUGAAAGAGAGCUACCCUCAACUACCGGCAGUUGUAGUUAGACCUAGUAUAGUGACACCCGCAUACAAAGAGCCCAUAGCAGGUUGGGUUGAUAAUCUAAACGGCCCCAUUGGUUUGAUGGUAGGCGCCGGGAAGGGCGUCAUCCGCUCCAUGCACUGCUACGGUCAUUACCACGCCGAGGUCAUACCGAUAGACAUCGCUAUUAACGCCAUUAUAGUUAUAAGCUACAAGAUUGGAAAUCAGUCUGAAAGACCUCCAGAAAUACCGACAUUCAACCUCACUACAGGAGACGACAGGAACACAACAUGGAAGGAAGUUCUGGAUAUCGGUAAAGCGACCGUUCGAAAGUAUCCCUUCGAAGGUCCCCUCUGGUAUCCGAACGGCAACAUCAGACAUAAUAAGUUCAUACAUGACUUGUGUGUGUUCUUCUACCAUCUAGUUCCGGCGUAUUUUAUUGAUUUUCUGAUGUUUUUGUUCAUGCAGAAACGAUUUAUGGUUCGGAUUCAAAAUAGGAUUUCAGUAGGUCUAGAGGUGCUACAAUAUUUCACGACGCGUGAAUGGUGGUUCGAUACAGAUAAUUUCAAAGCUUUAGCUACAAUGUUGAAUCCUGUUGAUAAGGAAGUUUUUCCUAUGGACCUAAGCGUCAUUGAAGACGAGCCUUACAUAGAGAGCUGUAUGAUCGGGGGCAAGCUGUAUUGCAUGAAAGAGAAGCUUGAGAAUUUGCCUAAAGCAAGACUCCAGAAUAAUAUUCUCUACGUCUUGGAUAAAAUAACAACAGUCUUUUUCUACUUGAUCCUGCUGUACUGGGUAGUACUGUAUUGCGCACCAGUCCGCGAAGUAUUAUCUUAUGGCGGUCCAUUUGUUCGAUACCUACCUUUGGUGGGUAAAGCGGUUUUUAAAAAUGAUCUUUAAUUAAAUUUAAAUAACUACUAUAUUUGGGGACUAAAAUUCACUUGAAAUCGUGAAAUUUAUUUUUCUGCUAUAUUGAAUUGGUGUGUUGAUUGUCCUUGUAUUAAAUUUACUCUUUACUUUUAAUAGAGAAAACUUGUAAACAAUAAAAUAAACUUUUUUCUAUAAAA